GCGGCAGCGGCAUUCGGAAAAAGUUUGGCCAAAGAAGCGCAGCGAGGAAACGGCAUGAAUUGGAAAGUCUCCACAUCCAGAGGAUUGGAAAGCAGCGAUGUCACGACCAUGGGCGAACACGUCCCUUACAAUGUCGCCAAUGCAUCCAACGACACGGAAGCCUACUUUGACGGUGUCCGUCGAGAAUUUCAACAACGACGGCGGAAACAGUCGUCUGUAAUGCCCACGCUUUGGCCACUCGAUCAAUUGCGGUUGGAACUGGAUGAAGCUUGGACGCAAGGGGCCGGUCUGGCACGAGAGAGUCAGGGACAAAAGCGUCCCUUUGGAGGUGGUCUCCCCAGAGUCAUGAUGGGUCCCACGCGAUGGAGAAAAGGAUUUGUUCAUGUCGAUGAAAUGGGGCCACUCAAUCCACAUCAAGGUCUUUUUAGUGCCAACAUUUACCUCCAGCUACCCAGUGAUAGUAACGACCGAAAGCAACGGGCUCUGGAAAUUUGGCCUCUGGGGAUUCGAAAUCGAUGGGAUUGGUACCGAAACGCACUUCUCUUGUCGGGCCUUUCCUCUCAAGAUCCGGAAAUGCAAGUGAUGCUUCGUGCCAAGAUGGGAGAACCCAAAUCAGUGGAUGUAGAACCAGGUGAUUUGGUCUUGAUUUGUACGCAACGGCCCCAUGCCGCAGUUGGGUUUCAGCAAGGGACUCGAGUGUCCUUACAGUGCUUUCUCCAAUACGAUGGCGCGGACAAGAGGCUGCUGAUUGACACAUAA